GAAGUUUUCAAGAUGUCGUCGUUGGAGCAGAGACUCUCUCGAAUCGAGGAGAAACUCAAGCAGGAAAAUAAAGAAGCCCGCAAACGAAUCGACCUGAACAUCGACAUGAGUCCGCAGCGGUCACGUCCGAGGCCAAUCAUCGUGAUCCAGCUGAGUCCAGCUCCAGCCCCCUCCCAGCGCGCAGCUCUGCAGUUACCGCUGGCCAACGAUGGAGGAAGUCGCUCGUCCUCUUCUGAAAGCUCACCUCAACACCCCUCAUACCCCAGCAGACCCCGACAAAUGCUUAAGCUUCCCACCCCACCCUACAGCCAACAGAAGAGCCUGGAGAAUGCUGAAAUCGAUCAGAAACUGCAGGAAAUAAUGAAACAAACAGGUUACCUCAAGAUUGAUGGACUGCGUUACCCCGCAGAGGUGACGGAUCUGAUCAGCGAGGGGGAGAUCGGCAGUGGAACGUGUGGACAGGUGUUUAAAGUUCGUUUUAAGAAGACUGGCCAUGUCAUCGCUGUCAAGCAAAUGAGGAGGACGGGUAAUAAAGAUGAGAACAAAAGAAUCCUUAUGGAUCUGGAUGUGGUGUUGAAGAGUCAUGACUGUCCAUACAUCAUCCAAUGCUAUGGAGCUAUAGUCACCAAUACGGAUGUGUUCAUCGCCAUGGAACUAAUGGGGACGUGUGCAGAGAAGCUGAAGAAGAGGAUCCAGGGGCCCAUACCAGAGGCCAUUCUGGGAAAGAUGACUGUGGCGAUUGUGAAGGCUCUGCUGUACCUGAAGGAGAAACACGGUGUGAUUCACAGAGACGUGAAACCAUCUAAUAUCCUGUUGGAUGCCAAAGGGCAGAUCAAACUGUGUGAUUUUGGCAUCAGCGGCCGACUGGUGGAUUCUAAGGCUAAGACUCGAAGUGCCGGCUGUGCUGCUUAUAUGGCGCCUGAGAGAAUAGACCCUCCAGAUCCCAGUAAACCAGACUAUGACAUCAGAGCUGACGUCUGGAGUCUUGGUAUCUCUCUGGUGGAGUUAGCCACGGGACAGUUUCCUUAUAAGAACUGCAAGACAGACUUUGAGGUUCUCACCAAAGUUCUGCAAGAGGAUCCGCCGGUCCUUCCUCUCAGCAUGGGCUUUUCCGCUGACUUCCAGUCCUUCGUCAAAGACUGCCUCACAAAGGAUCACAGAAAAAGGCCAAAAUACCACAAGCUGCUUGAACACAGUUUUAUCCGUCGUUAUGAGGUGUCAGAGGUAGAUGUGGCGGGUUGGUUCCAGGGUGUAAUGGAGCACACAGAGUCUCCACGCAGCAGCCAGUGCUUCAACCAUCACCAGCUCCACCAUUCUCUCUUUAACAGGUAGCCAGGCGGAGAGAAAAAGAGACACGGAGUGAGAGAGAGACAGAAUGAUGCGAUGUUGAUUUAGAGACGGGCAGAUAAAAUUUACAUUUGAAAGGAUGGAAGGAGUGGAUAUGGACAGAUUGUGAAAGAGAGAAUGUUAAUAUGGGAGUUUGACUGAUCGACAGACAAUCCUGGGCAGGUUUGAUGUACAGUAAAUUUGCAAUAUUUUUGUCCUCAUCCACCCAUUAAACAGGAUGGACCAUUAAAGGUUGCAAUCGUAAGGGGCCGUUCAGACCAAACACGUUCUUGCAAAACUUGGCGCAAUGGUCAUAAACGUCCGUCUAGUGCGUGUUUGUGCAAGUACACGUAAGGUGUGAAUGGCCCCUUACACACUCACUGUGACACAUGUGCACACAGACAUUUACAAUAACACACUGUUUCACCAAACCUACAAGCAAUUACCACCGUAUUAAGUUUAGCCUCAAGUACUCCUCGCUGCACACAGUGGGAUCUAAAACAGCUGCAGUGGGAACAUCACUUCUGUUUCCGCUCAGUCCGUUCAGUUCAAAAUCAGCACGUCUUGAAGUCCACCGUAGCCCCUUAUUCAGGGACUGAACAGAGUAGUCGAACAACACUGUGCAGUGAUGUGUGUGAGUGUGUGUGUGUAUUAUCCGUUUAUAAGUCUUAGCACUCUGAUUGUGGCAAGUCUUCACUUUCCUGUACAGUUUGAGUACACUUGUUCACAGCUAUUCAGCGAAUCAAAUCGAUUAGAAACUAGUGAGAGAAUUUAUGAUAUAUGUUUUAUAGUAAUGUUCUUUUCUGUGCUAGUAAGCAUCAGCAGAUAUUUCAGUAAUGGAAACGUAUUUAUAGAAUUAGUGUUUCUUAGUGGUAGAACUUCUAAUCCUUAAAGUUUAGAUUGUUAUAAUUUGGUCUGGAAUUUCAUGUAUGAAAAUAGAUAUAUUGGUUAUGGGAGAAAUUUUGUAUAUGAAGAUAAAACUAGUGAUUGACCGAUAUGUUUGUUUUUCUAAUGGCCGAUUAUGAUACCGAUAUCAUAAGAGAAAGUUGGUAUAUGGAUUUGAGGACGACCGAUAGUGGAUUUUGCUGAUACGGUAACUAAGUUGGUGGAAAAGUCAGAAAACCGAUUAAUCGGUAGUUCAUUUUAAAAUCCAUUUAUAGAAUGUAAAAAACAAAAAACAAUCCAAGUCUUCGUUUGCUAUGACAUGCACAGACAUAGAGGCUACAAGAGUCCAAAAAACACUGGGGACUACUAUUAUGAAAUAACGGAGACUUGGCUCCAUUACUAUGAUUUAUAUUUAAGUAUUUCCCAAAUUAAGCUGUUAAUGGCCUGUAUAUUUACCAGAUGAGGUUUAAUGAGGAAUAAGGUUUAUUAUUAUUCACAAGAUAGGAAUUUGGGAGUGCUGAAGGGGCAUGUUCCAUAUAGUCGCAUUUUUCUUUGCAUGCCCCUGCUUCAAUUUAGAACACUUUAUUAUCUAAUCAAAAUAACAAAAUAUACAUUGAAUUGAGGAUAUAAAUAUGGAUACAUUUGUGAAUGAAGAUUAAAAUACAGUAAAGGUUGCCGUUAUUGUUUUUAUUUCACCUCUAGAGGCCACUGUUAAGGUGGAAAACCAAGAUAUUCUAACUGUAGAAUCCUCCAGUGCUGGCGUAAGAGGAACAUGGAGGAAUGAUCAUAAAAAAACAAAAAACAAUCGGCAUAGAUUUUUGACGAUAACCGAUAGUUGCAAAAGCAAGUAUUGUCACGAUUAAUCAGUAAAACAGAUAUAUCGGUCUACCUCUAAUAUAGAUGAUUACGAUGACAAGGCUAUUGCUAGAUUUUGGUUCUAGGCGAAAUGAAAACUUGACAGAAUGGCCAAAUAAUAGCCGAUUAAUCGGUCUGGCCGAUAUAUCGGUCUAUCACUAAAUAAAACACAAAAAAAUUAGUCCAGAGUGUGUUAAGUUGUACACCGUGCACACCUCAGGUCGACGAGUGUUAGAGAUAUGGAGUGAGUUUUACAGAAUUCAGUUUUGUUUUUCAGUAUUAGAGUGUCUGAGGAAGAAACGGCAAUCUGUUACAGGAAGAUAAGAUGAGAAAUGUUGUCAUUGUCACUCAGAAUGCUUUUACUUGUCUGCGUUAAGAGAUGAGCAGGGAAGUUUUUGGAGUGAUGAGAGAGAAAUGGCAGUUUUUUGAUCAUUCAGUUGGUUCAUCAUUUCAUUCUCUUGAACCAUUCCCUCUAACCAAAGCUUGUUUUUCUUCCCGAAAACACUUCUUUUUUGACACAGCACUGCUUUGUUUUUCUUCCAAGCUGUUAUUCUCACUGGAUUUCAGCACCUGCUCGUGGGUGACGCUGAAGAUGUUUCAGCGACUUUCACAACCAAAGCUGUAGGGUUUGAGAUUCACUGCUUUAAAAAGCCAAAUCACCGCUAGACUGAGAGUAAGAAGAGAGAAAAAUGCACAAAUGGGCUUAGAGAGAAUCAGAGCGUAAUGGUAUGUUGAGACAGGAAGGGAGUGUGAUGUUUAAAGAAAAGCAAUGUGGAAUGACUAUUGAACGUAGCAGAGGAAAUAACGGGUGGGAAAGGAAAUUUAAGGCAAUGAUAGGUGGAAUAUAGAAAGUAUGAAAGAGAGACUGCUGUUAAGUCUUAUAAAAAGUAAGGGCUCACUUUUUGAGAUCUUUUUGUGUGUAGAUCUGGUAAGGUUUUAGGGUUGACUGUGGAAGUUGUUGGGUUUUUUCGUAGAUCGCUAUGUUGUGAGCUGUCAGGGCGUUGUAUAAAAGCUUUCAAUCGUAUUGAACCUAUGUAUCAGUUUUUAUUUUUAGGGGUUAAUUAGCUUGUGUUGUUUUGCAUCUUGCUGUUUUUGUUAUCCUUGAAACUUUUUUCGUAUGAUCUGCUAUUAUUGUUAUUUAUUUAUUUAUUUAUUAUCUUAUUGCUGCUACUCUUUACUUUAGAUGCUGCUGUCAAUGAUUAUAUUCCCCAAAGGACAAUUCUUUUUUUGUUCUAAACCAAAUGCAUAAAACACUGCAAUGUCUACACAUUUACCAAAUAUGAGAAUGAUUACCGGUAGAACGUUGGAGAAGCUUAUGAUGUGAUCCAUGAAGAGGAAAAGAGAGAGAAGGCAAGGAAGUCAUUUGAGAACAUCUAUAUCUUAAGAGUUUGCUUUUAAAACUACACCACUAUGCCAACUCACACAAACUUCACCGCUCACUGUAGGCAACUAAUAAUGACUUACUGUUAAUUGUACAAAGUCACCAGCUGGUAAUAUUUAUAUAUAUUUGAAGUAGAUUUUCCGUAUUACACUAACUGUGGGUCAUGCAGACAGAUAUGUUUGUAAUUGUCCUCCUGUGUCCAUCCUGCGGUGGAUGAAUUCAUGUUUUAAAAUCUGCCGCUUUAUUCAGCCGUUAAUAAGUUUGAAUAAAUUCCCCAUAGUCAAUUACUUGUAAGCAGGUCCAUUCAAAUUCUGUCUGCAGAACUUUGCAGAAAUAUCUGCAGAAUGCCUGUCAUUCACAAAUUUUGACAUAUUUCCCGCCAUUUGGUGUGCGUUUUUUAAAUAAUUUUGCUAAUUUGACUACGCUUUCAGCUACGAAUUAGAGUGCAGUACUCUGUUAGAAGUACAAAGCUCAGUUAAACCCAUUUUAUAACGUUUAAAGGUGCACUCAGUAAGUUUUUAAACGUCAUCUUGGAAUUACAGUGACACCUAGUGGUGUGGAUGCAGCAUUAUUUAAACGCAAAGUUUUUAGUUACCAAUGCCAUUGUAGAAAUUCAUUACUUAGUCAUCUGUGAUUCAUUUAAUCCAUGAGUUAAAGUGACCAAUAACAGGGUGGUUACUGAGAUUAAGCGAGUAGUAUUCAGCUGGUCAUGUGAUCCUAACAUGGCAGCCCCCAUGAGGGGACCCUCUGCAUGUAAAAAAAUAAAAUAGCUUUUAUAAGGUUACUGAUAUGACUGAAGUCUUCAUCUCAUGUCAGUGCUCACGAUUUUAUACAUAUGUUUCAGAGUAAAAUUUUGUUAAUGAGUGCACCUUUAAAUGUAUGGUACGUUCAUGUCGUGAUUUUUACAGUAAUCAUAAGAUUCUAAUUAAAAAGCAUUCACUUCUUUUUAGAACUUGUAAUUAGUAGUUGAAAACUUGGAAUUCUAUGAAAGCUCCGACUUCACGGUCAUAAUGUCAUGUUAAAAAAAAACAAUAAGGCAGCGGCCUCAACAACUGAAGGUAGUGAAACAUAUUUUGGUUACACUUUAUUUUACAGUAUGUGUACUUUCAGUAUAAUUACAGUGUACUUACCCAAGAAAUUACUACAUUAGGUAACUACAUAUGUACUUAAUAUAGGUUAAGGUUGGGGUUAGGUUUAGGGUAUCUAGUAAUUAUUGUAGUUGUUUUAAUUAUAUAGUACGUAAAUGUAGAACAGUACUGUAAAAUAAAGUGCUACCCAUAUUUUUUAUUUCAUUUUUGUAUAGCAAGUGUUACAUGGAGCGCUUUCUUUAUUUUGAAACAUUUUCCAAGAACAUACAGGGGUGAAUUAAUUAAUUAAUAGUGAUUAAACAUUUUGCUGUCAUCGACAACAAUGCCACACCAGGAUCCGUUUUUGACAUUAUGCGUGUUGCCACAGAAACUAAUAACUUUUCAUUCUGUGAACGUGAAAAGCACUGAGUAGGAUCCACAAAUUAUCGUUUCGUAAUUACAGUAAUUCCGUCAGGUCGUGAACGCAACAUUAUUCUGCAGAAUCCUGGUGAUUUUGCUUCAAAAUCAGCACAGAAAAUGCAAAAAAUAUGCAGAUUCUGUCUGAAUCAAAUGAAUCUGAAAGAAAACAAAAACACACAGGAAAUGGAUGAAACAUUUGUGAACGCAGCAUUAUUCUGCAGAUUUUGCCCCAAAUUCAGCACAGAAAAUGCAAAAAAAAAAAAAUAAUAACAUGCAGAUUCUAUUUGUAUGUGAAUCAAAUGAAUCUGAAAGAAAACAAACACAGGAAAUGGAUGAAACACUUGGUCCGUUACUCUAACUAUAUUUAGCAACGAGCUGUAACUAUUUACCUCCCAGUAGUUUCUUCUCUCUUUUCACAAGCCAAAUAGAGUUUAUAACAGAACUUGCCAUCAACAUAACAUUUGAUUAUUUCCUGUUAACUCAUAACAUGCUGUUGAAUUUCAUCAGAUACUCUGGUACCUGCCUGUCUGUCCGUCCGUCAUUCUCUCAGUGGACCUCAUAGAUAGGACUGCAGCAUUACACACCAAAGGUGUCAUCAAUAAAACAAAUUCAAACCAGUGACGUUGUUGUCAUUAGGAUGAUUAUUAUUAUUGAUAUUAUAUUAGCUGAUGCUGGAUUGGUAUUCUGAGCAGAGGAUGACCUCUAGUGAGGUAGGGAAUAUACAGGUGCUGAUGUUCGUCAGCCUAAGACCUUUCGAUCCCACACACACAUUAUUAUUGCUCUUCAUAUCAGAUUUGGACACGGCAUCUUGGUGCUGUCUUAUCAUUGGUCCCUCACCCUUCACUGUUGUUUUGUUGACACUCUCUCUCACACACACACCUAUGGAAAUAUGGCUUGAGAUGCUUAUCUUCUUGAUUUAAGCUUUGUUUAAAGUGUACUUCCAUGCACUAUUUUCAUUAGUUUUUUUUACUUUGUAAUUAUUCUUAUUGUUUUAUUUGCUUUUUAUGCAUUCUUAAAUCAAAGCAUCACUCCUUUGUGUGUGUGUAUGUAUGUAUGUCUGUGUUUUUCUGAAAUGGGUGUUUGUGGGAAUAGGAGAAAGAUGUAUCCUAAAGCCAUUUUCACCGUCGGUAGUAGUACACAUCCUUGAACACCAAAUGAAUAGAUGUAAACUAAGCCAGUGCUUGCUGUUGUUUCAAUAGCAUUAGUGUGUGUGUGUGUGUGUGUGUGUGCGCAUCACUGUUAUUUUUUUCGAGUGUGUCAUGUUUUAUGAUGGAAAAUUUAGACUUUCUUAA